ACAAGCAACAAAAAUAACCAAAAUAUAAGUGGUGAUGGUAUUAGCAGCAGUAACAGCAUCAACAUGAACAACAGCUACAACAACAACAAUAACAACAACAACAGCAGCAACAGCAACAACAGCAACAACGACAGCAACAACAGCAACAACGACAGCAACAACAACGACAACAACAACAACACGGAUAAUGACAGCUUGAACAACGACAGAACCAAUGCAGAGGAAAACAGCACUUAUCCGAAUAUAGAAGAGGAACUCCGUCAACUGAAGAUACGCAUUGAUUUUAGUGCAUUGAAAAACAACAUGGAAAGUAUAAUCAAUAAUUCAAUUGCUUCGGCUAACUCCUUAGACCUAAAACAAUCACCAAAUUCACAAACUAGUCUAACUGGAAGCAUUACUUUGACUAAUGAAAGCCAUAGUAUACCAAGUGAUGAAACGCCUUUACCUCUUGAAGAUAUUAAUACUAAUAUUACUGACAGUAGUAAUAGCAAUGAAAGUGAUGAAGCUAUAGAGCAAGAAAAGAAGCUMAUUGCUUUAGCAUCUUUGACUGAAGAAAACACAACGACAACCAACCAAGAUGCAUCGCAAAUAAAUCAGACAAAACCAGGAAAAGAGGUGAAGACUGACUAUGAUUUAGAAAACGAGAAGAAACUGAUUGCUGCUUCAGUGGAAAACUCUCAAAAUAAGGACGAAGAGAGUGCAAAAAAUCUUAAAAAGGUUGAAAAUUCUGCAGAACUGCAUAUUCACGCCAAGGCCUCGUUUCAUACAACUUACUUUGAAAGGAAAGGAGAGAAAGUUGUGAAGCAGUACGAUGACGACAAAUUGUCMACUYUAYUGGAUGACUUGAAAUUUGGAAAAAGACCAGCGAUUGUCAACAGAAGUAUGGACUUUGUCAACCUUAAACAAUGCGGGUUGUUUGUCGAAGACUACAAUGUUACGAAGAUCGGGGAAUCAUGGAACAGAGGAAUUCUCUCCCAAUAUCACUACCUUUAUGAACUGCCAAARCACUUCUCCAAAUGCUCCACAUCAGCCUGGUUCAACAAUACUGACAUGCGUGGUAGUGUUUUCUUGAGCUUCCAAGUGAAAAGCAUUCUGGGUAAUACCAUGAUGAACAAUGCACGUGUUUGUGCCAAGUACUGCUGUCGUGAACCUCGAUGCAAAGCCUGGACGUUAVGAGUACAAGAAGGAGAGACAAGAAAUUGCGAUAAAGGUUCGUAUUGCUGUUGGCUAAAGAGCGCAGUACCGGAAGUCCAAACUGGUGCAGAGAACAGCACAUCCGGGAUAGUGGAUCGUGUWAAGACUAGAGACCCACCAACGGGCAUGCGCUCUGCUGUACCGCUUGGUGGUAUCACUACAGGCUCAUUCGAGCUCCAUGCAGACGGCACGUUUCAUGAAUGGACGAUUGAGAACCAAUCGCCUGGUGGAUCAGCCAAGCUGAAUAAGGGAGCUCUAGAUAUGGCCCUUCUUGGUGUUCAUGUGAGCAGUAAACAUUCCAGCCAAAGUGCUUUAUUAAGAACSUUUCCCCCACAGGGGUACCCUGGAGUUGAGACGCUAUCAUAUUCAGGGGCCUACCCAGUCAGUAAGCUGACUCCAGGUGGAAAGAUAACAAACCGGGUCAACAUGGAUCUAUACGCGUAUCCUUCCUUCCAGCCGAGAAAUCCUUACAAAUCUGCUGUCCCAGCUGUGGCGUUCACUUUAAAUGUUGAGAACAAAGAUCAAUACAAGCCUGUUAACGUAUCGUUCAUGCUGAAUCUUCCCCUUGGAUCUCAAGAAGACACCAUUCGAGUUGGGGACAACUAUGGAGAAGCUGUCUACACAAGACUUCAUGCCCUGGGAGGGGAGGGUGAAACAACCUCCUUUGCCGUUGCUGACGAUUUUAAAGACAUAUGGAGACGAUACGCAUCUUCAGGCAUGGUUGGGAAUACCACUAAUGUUACAUCUACUGGUAUACAUGGCUCUGCCUCKAUCCAUACCCUUUUAAAACCCGGUCAGAAAAAGUCGCUGACAAUUAUAAUGUCCUGGUACUACCCCAAUCGCGACCACGCAAAAUUAAACAUUGGRAAUUUUUAUACAAAUCUCUUCACUUCAAGCCAAGACGUCGCAGAGCACAUGCGCGAGAACAUCUUAGAGACKGUAGAGAAUAUCUUAAAUUGGCAAGAACCAUUCCUCCUKCCGAGCUCGUUCCCACAGGGAACCCAACCAAUGAAUAAAUUGCCUCUGUGGUUGAAUGACAUGUUAAUGAACAGUGUUAGCUAUUGGMGGUCGUCAUUUUGGACUAGAGAUGGACGAUGGAGACAAUGGGAAGCUUACGACUGUAACGAUAUUGAUACAAUACAUAAUGAUAUGCAGAGGAUACUACCUUAUAUGGUAUUCUACCCAGAGGUUGUACGACAUCUGUUACUUACUUGGGCUGCUAACCAAUUAUCUAAUGGAAUGAUUGAAGAAACUUUGAGCGAAGGCUGUCUUGGUUCCACUGGAAAACUGGACAAUGCAGGAGGACGUGUGAUGGCGGACAGUACCUCAAUGUUUGUGGUUGGUGCAUAUUAUUACUACAAGUGGACUGGAAACACGGAUGUUCUUAAUAAACUCUGGCCCUCUUGUAAGAAAGCUAUCACAUGGCUGAUCGUUGACAGUACAAAAGGUACUGGACUACCAUUUCGAAAAACCACAUUUUACAGCUUAUCAGGUAUCGAUAAAUACGACCACCAUCUCUACGAUAGUAUGGUCUACCUUUUGGCGCUAAGAGCAUCACGUGACCUGGCCAUUCGUGUACACGAUUUUGCAUUUGAAAGGACUAUAUCCGCUGCAUUAGACAGAGGACAGUCAUUAGUCGAAAUAGAGUUCUGGAAUAGGCAUAACAACCAUUAUAGAGCUUGGUGGGAUAUGGAGUAUGGCGCUGGUGAUUGGUUAAUGUCUGACUCCUUYUAUGGGCAGGUAUGGGCCUAUACUCUUGGCCUGGGGGAUCURGUACCCAGAGAAAAAUUACGUCAUCACCUUGAAAUGGAGGUCGAAAUUAACGGCUCACCUUGGGGUCUGCGGGUUAUCGACGACAAGCGACCAGCAAUGACCGAAGAGGACACUUCUCUGAUAUUAAGCUACAAAUAUCCCGGAUGUGAGUCCCUGGAAAACGUCUCAAAGCAUAAGUCUAUUUGGAUGGGAGCAGACGCUAAUUGGGCAACGUUGAUGAUACAUCUUGAAACCGACCCUAACAAAGCCUUAAAUCAAGCCAAGAAGCCUUUAGACCAUUGGAGAUCCUACCUCAACGACCAGUGGAAUAUUCAUGGUGAAAUAUCCUCAGGGGGGUAUGGACAGGAUGGACUGCCGUGGGCUAAUUCACAUUCAAAUGCUCACUUAGUAAUGUGGCAUAUUCCUUUGGCGGUCAGCGGUCAACAGUAUUCGGCACCAGACCUCUCUCUUACAUUUUGGCCAAUGAUGCAGAUUCCCUUUCAGUUGCCUUUCUUUAUCCCGACAGCCACUGGGCUUAUUGAAGGCAAGAUGGUGGGAGAAAAUGAYUUCUUCCCUGARGAGAUGUUCACAUUUCGAGUAACAUCGGGUGAGGUUAAACUUAAAGAACUGAAGAUAUUUGGCGCUCCAUAUGGACGAGGUCUAGUACAUCUCAAGGCAGGGUCAGUAGUAUCUUGGUCAAAACCUAGAGCAAACGUUAAAAACAUACUGAGUGAGUUAAAAAAUCGACGCAAGUGAUUGUUAGACUGUAAAUUUAUAUAGACUUUAUAGACAGCGCUAGCCUCCACUGCAGGAACAAUGCAUUUUGAUUUUUGGGAUUCCUGUGGUAUCGUCAUAGUCUCAUUCGGUUUUAGUAUGAGGAAUUAGACAGGAAGCCCAGGAGUAGUAUAAAGAGAGGCAAAACGGACACGAUUCGGAGGAAGCUAAGUUCUCAUAUCGCGAGCAAUGCAACUUCACCUUUUUACAACAAAACUAAUGUAAUAUGCAUCGUCAUAGUCGCGUGAUUUAAUUUUUUUUGGCAAWAAUUUCUUUACGUCGUAAGUUGUUGAUGCCGGCGUUGCAAUCAACGUUGCGAGCUGUCAGUUAUUCAUACAAAACGUACAAUUGCAUAUAAUGAGAGCCUUAUAUGGUAUGUAUGUUUUUAUUGGACUUACUUGGGCAAACACCUCAAGGUCACAUUAGCCAUACCAACGUUACAAUAGAUGAUAAGAAAUAAAAAAUGAAAUGAUCACACGAAAUAUCGAUGCACGGAAUUUUUCAUUCUCAUAAAAAUCUUUUCAAAAAAUUUUAAAAAUUUAAAAAAUCUAACUUAUUAUUUAAAUGUAAACAUUUAAAAAUGAACAAAUUUAAUUGUAUUAAUUAACUGUGUAUAAAACAUUUAAAAAUMUGUUUAAAAAUUCAUAAAUUUGAGCUAGAUAUGAUUUUUAUAGAAAGAAAAASAUAAACUUUAACAUUGUAUAAACAUGAAAUAAAACAAGAACAU